CUUAAUGUCAACAAUAUGAUAUAUAAUUUAAUGAUUAAUUAUUUCGAAAAAUGUAUCAAACUCUCGAGUUAAGUGAGGUAUGGAUCAAGUUAAUGGAUGGAUUUUUACGGCCAAGGAAAGACUCUACAGGUUCUAAUCUAGAUCCAAAACCAGGUUACACAGACAUAAGAAGGCAAAGCGCUAGUAUGAAUCCCAUCGGUGACGCUAUAUACGAGGAAGAUCUGCUUCAAGAGAGAGUUAUAAGCUUCACUAUUAACCCUGCAGAGGUUGUUCUCAUUUACUUCAAUAACGACUUCUCAAAUGACCCACCAUCUUGUGCUUAUCUGGAAAAUCGCGAUAGUUUCAUGGGUGUUGAUGCCCAAGAAUCGGAAUCAAUAUUUAUUGAAGAUAUAGUGAGGCAGGUGCAUAUGCCGUCUGAAGAAUUCGCUGAAGUUGUGACCCUAGAAUCUGGAAGGAAAAUAUUUAAACGCUUUUGGAAUUGGCUUAAGAAGCGAAUAGGUUUAAAGUAGUUUUUAAU